ACAAAACAUCCGCCUCCUCCCCGCUUCCCUCCGCCCUGGCAGCGCCGGGCUCCGUGAGGGCCGUGAGGGGCUCUCAGCGGCGGCCGGGCCCGGGCUGAGCCUCCCCGCGGCCGUCACGGCGCUCGGGGCAGUGUCCGCUCCCUGCCCGGGCGGCUCCCGCUCCCACAGUGAUUUCAACAGCAGAUAAAUAAUAAAAAAGGGAAAAAAAAAACCCAAAAAGGCCCAAAAUGAUGUCAAGACAAGCUUUCCUGUGCAGCUUGGGCUCUCUGUACCUCUCCCUCCUGCUCAUCUUCCUCCUGAUGGACGUUUACGCCAGGCCUGCCAACCACUCCGUGCUGAAGGACAGGGCAGGGGAGGGCAGGGAGGAGAACGAGAUCCUGCCCCCCGACCACCUGAACGGCGUCAAGAUGGAGCUGGACGGGCACCUGAACAAGGAGUUCCACCAGGAGGUGUUCCUGGGCAAGGAGCGCGAGGACUUCGAGGAGGACUCGCAGCCCCGCAGGAACAGGAGGAAGCUCGUGGGCAUCUUCGCCAAGGUGGAUAUAAAUAAUGAUAAAAAAAUCAGUGCCAAGGAAAUGCAACGUUGGAUCAUGGAAAAAACAGAUGAGCAUUUCCAGGAGGCCGUGGAGGAGAACAAAAUGCAUUUCAGAGCUGUGGAUCCUGAUGGGGAUGGUCACGUUUCUUGGGACGAAUAUAAAAUCAAAUUCUUGGCAAGCAAAGGCUUCAAUGAGAAGGAAAUUGCAGAGAAAAUCAAAAACAACGAGGAAUUGAAAAUAGAUGAAGAAACGCAGGAAGUGCUGGACAACCUGAAGGAUCGCUGGUACCAGGCGGACAAUCCCCCCCCGGACCUGCUGCUGAGCGAGCAGGAGUUCCUGUCCUUCCUGCACCCCGAGCACAGCCGCGGCAUGCUGCACUUCAUGGUGCAGGAGAUCGUCCGCGAUCUGGAUCAGGACGGGGAUAAGAAGCUGACCCUGUCAGAGUUCAUCUCCCUGCCCGUGGGCACGGUGGAGAACCAGCAGGCCCAGGACAUCGACGACGACUGGGUGAGGGACAGGAGGAAGGAAUUCCAGGAGGUCAUCGACGCCAACCGCGACGGCAUCGUCACCAUGGAGGAGCUGGAGGAAUACAUGGAUCCCAUGAACGAGCACAACGCGCUGAACGAGGCGCGGCAGAUGAUCGCCGUGGCCGACGAGAACCAGAACCACCACCUGGAGCUGGAGGAGAUCCUCAAGUACAGCGAGUACUUCACCGGCAGCAAACUCAUGGAUUACGCCCGCAACGUCCACGAGGAAUUCUGAGCUUCCUCCCCCUUUUCCAGAAUUUUCUGUUCUCCUCCCAACCUCCCCCCAAAAAAAAAUAUCCCAGGGAAGAAGGAUUCAGAAGAAGGAGCGGCGGGAAUCGGUCGUCGCGGAUUCUCGAUUUUCCGUCCGUCCCUGCGGGCUCCUUGGAGGGGUUUUUCCUGCUGGGAAAAAAUGGUGGGAAUUCCUGGAUUCAGGUAGUUUUCCUCCUUGGUUUGGGGGGGUUGAAGCCAGCUGGAAUUCUGGGUGGGGAGGAUCCUGGAAUAUUCCCUGGUUUCCUUCAGCUGUUGAUCCAGGGGAUCCCAAAUAAAGGUUGGAUUUUGGGAAGGGAACGGUGAUUCCAAGGAAUGUUUGUCCUCCACACCCAAUUCCAUUGGGGAAAUUCCUUAAAUUUAUUCCCUUGUUGCCCUCACAGCUGUUGAUCCAGGGGAUCCCAAAUAAUGGUUGGAUUUUGGGAAUUUUGGUGGUUCCAAGGAAUGUUUGGUCUCCUGGGAACUGCCCUCACAGCUGUUGAUCCAGGGGAUCCCAAAUAAAACUUGGAUUUUGGGAUGGGAAUGGUGAUUCCAAGGAAUGUUUGUCCUCCACACCCAAUUCCAUUUGGGACGCUCCUUAAAUAUUUGUUUCCCUCAGCUGCUGAUCCAGGGAAUCCCAAAUAAAGGUUUGAUUUUGGGAA